AUCAAUAGCCUUAAGGAGCGUUUAUGUUUGUGCUCCGCCUUUAUUUUAAAUUAGGGCUGAACUUCAAGAAAACGUUCAAAGUUGAUUUUUUUCCGCAUUGCAUUCGGCUUGUGACGGAUUCAUAAACAUGGCUGGAAACAUUAAAAGGUUUUACGACCUUACAGCUAAGCUGCUCUCUGGUGAAACCUUUAGUUUCUCGGCACUAAAGGGGAAGGUCGUUCUCGUUGAGAAUGUGGCUUCUCUCUGAGGAACAACCAUCAGGGAUUACACACAGAUGAACGAGCUUCAUUCUCGCUAUUCCGCCGAGGGACUUGUUAUUCUGGGUGUGCCCUGCAAUCAGUUUGGACAUCAGGAGAACACCAACAACGAUGAAAUCCUGAGGUCCCUGAAGUAUGUCCGUCCAGGCAACGGCUUUGAGCCAAAGUUCCCGCUGUUUGAAAAGGUGGAUGUGAAUGGGAAGGAUGCCCACCCGCUGUUUGUGUAUCUGAAAGAGAAACUCCCAGUCCCCUGCGAUGAUGCCACGGCUCUCAUGACGGAUCCGAAGUUCAUCAUCUGGAGUCCUGUGUGCAGGAAUGACAUAUCCUGGAACUUUGAGAAGUUCCUGAUCACUGCUGACGGGGAGCCUUACAAGCGUUACAGCAGGCAUUUCCUCACCAUUGACAUCGAGGCAGAUAUUAAAGAGCUACUGAAGAGAAUCAAGUAAAAUGAGCGCUACAACACUAUAGCUGGCUGUAAAAGAUGUAGUCUACCACUCUUAUCAGCAUACUCAGACAUUAGUGACAUUUUAUCUUUCUUUCCAGCUUAGAGUUAAACUGCCUCAGUCCAAAGAUUGUGCUAUUUUCAGUGGUGUGCACUGCCUGUUUACUAAAUGAAGAAACUUCUGUAAACCAUUUUGUGUAAGGAGUUCCUGAUGAAAUGUAAAUGUGUGUGCUUCUACCACUAACUAUACCACAAUUUGAUGAUUUCAAGAGGAAAAAAUAAAGAUGUUGCACUGAACAACGUUAUUUUGUCUGUUUAAAAUUCAUAUAAAAAAAACCUUCUAAA